AUGGAGAAGCGGCCGCCGCAGAUGUUGAUUAGCAAGAGCACCAAUCAACCCAGCCGUGCACCCCAACCCGUACAGCUCCCCCAAGAUCCUCCCGCCGAGCAGCCGCUGUCCUCGUCCUCCCCCUCCCCCUCCCCCUCCACCGCCUCCUCGCCCCACCCCCGCCGCCGCCGCCCCGUUGGAGCUGCUCGACGUCUCGUACGCCGUCGUCAGCGCCGGCGGCGCCAGGAGCUCGACCCCCUUCGUGAUGGUCACGGGCGCGAACCCCCACCGGUCCCCGCUCGUCCACGUGUAGUUGUACGUGCUGUACGUGCCGUUCCAGUCCGCGUCGCUCGCGUACCACGCCGCCCCGACGUGCGUGAGGUUGCACCGCGCCGUGCUCGUGCCGUUGAGCCGGCACCGGUUCACGACCGUGCGCCCGCCGCCGCCGCCGCCGCCGCCCGCCCGCGUCCCCGUGUAGAUGAAGGUCGUGGGGCCCUGCGUGAUGGUGCUCGGGUCGCCCGUGCGGUUGUUGAGCGGCGGCGGCGGCGGCGGCAGCGGGCGUGUUGUCGUGGGCGCGAGCCUCGGCGGCUGCUCCUGCUCCUCCUGCCCCUGCUCCUGCUGCCCGUCCGCCGUGGCGAUGGUGGCGGCGGUGCUGGUGCUGGUGUUGCGCGAGUGCGUCGGCCGCGGGCGCUUGUCGCUGCGCGUGCUGGUGAUGACAAACGUCGUGGCGCUCUCGUCGACGCCGACGACCGAGCCCGAGUCGCGGUGGAACAUGGUGUACGGCAGGCCCUCGAACGCCCGCUCGUCGAUGUAGAAGAGCGAGACGACGCGCGUGGCGUCGGUCGUCGUCGUCGUCGCCGUCGCCGUCGCCGUGCUCACGCUGACGCUCGUCGAGAUGGACGUGAUGGUCGUCGAGUGCCCGCCGGUCGCCGUCUCCGUGUCUGCCGGCGGCGGCGCGGUGUCGGACUCGGUGACGUCUUGCGCGUGGGCCAGCAUCGAAGGCGAGUUGCUGCCUCCCUGAUGGACGGUGGUGAGGAGGAGGAGGCACAGGAGGGCGAACGAGCGAUGCACGGCGGCGGCACCGAGGCCAUGCCGGCGAGAUACCGAGGUCAGAGCCAUGGUCUAUUGCGAGAUUCGGCAACAAUGUCUCUCGACGACGACUUGUUCCGGAUCACGGAUCAGGAAGGUUCCCAAGUCGAGGAAUAA